GUGUGUAUUAGUCGUGGCAUGAUUGUGUGUGUGUGUGGUCGGAAGUGUCAAAUGCUGAAGUUUGGGGAAAUAAAUAAACUUUCGGCGAAAAAAAAACUAAAAUGACAGGAAUCGAAAACCGUGUGCCGAACCAAACGGGACCGCUUGAAAUGCAACGCCCGCAUAGUUUUAAGCUAAUUCUAAUGAACCGCACGGUCUACUCGCUCCUGCUGCUGGCGUUCUCGCAGAUCGUCCACACCACCAGCGCCCAUCUGCGGGAACUGUGCGAAAAGCGAGACAUCUUCUUCGAGCCGUACCGGUGCCAGUUGGUCGACCUAGACCUGCUGGACGACCCCGUCCUCUACCUGCUGUACGACGUCAACCCGAGCGAGGGGUUCAACCUGCGCCGGGACGUGUACAUCCGGCUGGCGGUGUUUGUCCAGUUUCUCCGGACGCAGCGCGGCUACCGGCGCACCCGGCUGGUGCUGCCGCCCUGGUCCAGCCUGGUGCACUGGCGCAGCGGCAACAUCGACCAGCAGCAGCUGCUGUGGGGCAACUUUUUCGACCUGCCCAGCAUGCGCCUGUACACGGACGUGCUCGAUAUGGACGAGUUUUUCGCCGAGUACGGGCGGCUGCACGGCCCUGACGCGACCACCGUCGUGCUGGACGAGGUGUACAAGCUGAAGCACUUCGAGCAGAUGUUCGAGAACGGCGUGUUCGUGGACAAGUUCGAGGAGCACGUCUGCCCGAAAGGCCACGACGGCGCGCUGGCGUACUUCGGCUACGGCAACUUCACGGCGGACGCGUUCACCUGCCUGCACUUCCAGGGCAGCGCGAUGCUGCUGCACCGGCUGCUCGAGCGGUACCGGCCGGGGCGCCCGCACGCCACCCGCUACGUGCACGUGCUGAACGCGGAAAUCGUGCUGCACGAUCUGUGGGGCAACGUGGACUACUGGGAGGCGCGGCGCUCGAUGCGGUUCGCGCCGCCGCUGGUCGACGUGGCGACCCGGUUCCGGGCCGAGUACCUCAACUCGUCGGACCGGGCUGAUCGGACGGUGCGCCCCGCCCGCUGGACGGAUGAGCGGAGCCGGCCGCGGAAGGCGCGCGGCGGCGAGUACCUGUGCGCGCACCUCCGCCGGGCCGACUUCCUGUACGGGCGGGACAAAACGACGCCCACGAUCCAGUCGGCCGCACUGCAGAUCCGGGCGAAGCUGCUCGAGCUCGGCCUGAAGACGGUCUUCGUCGCGUCCGACUGCACGCGGAUGGAGUUUUACAACCUCAAGAACUACCUGAAGCGCUUCCGGGUGGUGCGGUUCGUGCCGGAAAGCUACGAGCAGCGGGCCGAGCUGAAGGACGGCGGUGUCGCGAUCGUCGACCAGAUCGUGUGCUCCCACGCCCGCUACUUCAUCGGCACGUACGAGUCGACGUUCACCUACCGGAUCUACGAGGAGCGGGAAAUCAUCGGCUUCCCGAAGGAUCUGACCUUCAACACGUUCUGCAAGAGCGAGAAGGACAUGAACUGCGAAAAGAACACGGUAUGGCCGAUCGUGUACCAUUGAGGCGGGGGAAGGGGAGGCUACUAGUCUGGGCUCGAAUAAAGCGAUGAGCAAAGUGAUUUGUAACAACA